UACUGAAUAUUGGACCAAGCCCAAAUGUAACACCAAACCAAAUAAGCCCAAAUUCUCAUUUCGCUAUCUACUUUAAAUCCUUCCCAAAACCCUACUCCGCCGCUUUGCUCCUUCUUCCAUCUCCUUCAGCAAAAAAUAUCCAAUGGCGUCAGAGAAGAAACUGAGCAACCCUAUGAGGGAUAUCAAGGUUCAGAAGCUAGUCCUCAACAUCUCCGUCGGUGAGAGCGGAGAUAGACUUACCAGGGCGGCCAAGGUCUUGGAACAACUCAGCGGCCAAUCCCCUGUUUUCUCCAAAGCUAGGUAUACCGUGCGGUCCUUCGGAAUCAGGCGUAAUGAGAAGAUAGCUUGCUACGUCACUGUCAGAGGAGAGAAAGCUAUGCAGCUCCUUGAGAGUGGAUUGAAAGUCAAGGAAUACGAGUUGUUGAGAAGAAACUUCAGUGAGACUGGCUGCUUUGGUUUUGGUAUCCAGGAGCACAUCGACCUUGGAAUCAAAUAUGACCCUUCAACGGGUAUCUACGGUAUGGAUUUCUACGUUGUGCUAGAGCGCCCAGGAUACCGUGUUGCACGUCGUCGUAGAUGCAAGUCCAGAGUUGGAAUUCAGCACCGGGUCACAAAGGAGGACGCAAUGAAGUGGUUCCAGGUCAAAUAUGAAGGUGUUAUCCUUAACAAAUCCUCAAACAUUCAGUAAGUUGAAAUCCAAAUCCACUGGUGGAUUUCUCAGCAAGUGUUUUUAUGUUAUUUAAGAAUUUUGUAGACCAACAUUUAAUACUCUUGGUAGAGUUGAUGAUGUUAUUUUGGUGGAGGAUAUAUGUUAGUUUGUUUUCAUUUUGGCCA